GAAGAGUCAAGACACUACUAGUAGCUAGGACAAGGAGUAGUAUAGUGCUCCUUGUAAGACGCACUCGGAUUGACCUUGGUUCGCGUUCAUCCUAGAGAUCAAUGGUAAUAUAAGUAGGGAUGGUACACUUAUAUUCAGCAAAGGUGUUUAGCAGAGUAGGAGCAUACAUACGUCUGCAUUCUAAGCUGGAGUAGAACAGAAGUAGUAUAUCGCCUUACGGGUCUCUGCAACAAGUCCGUCCACCGACGAGUACUGAUCGAUCUGGUGCGAUCGGAAUGGGCGGCCUGAGGAGCACGCAACACGAUUGCGGCGGCGGCGUCAGCCACUCGCUCUCGUUCCUCCUCGGGGCUCUCCUCCCCACCGUGCUGCUCUUCUUCCUCGCCUCCGACCGGGUCGACGAGCAGCUGUCCAGCAUAUCGACCUUCAGGUUCGGGAACGGAUCGGCAGCUCAUCAGCUGACUAGCCAUGCCGCUAGCCUCCCGACCGAUGUCGGGGAUGGUGCCGACGAAAAGGUACGCGUAGUCCAGUUGCAGUCUACAAUGCCCGCGAUGGCUGGGAGAUUAACCGAUUUGCAUGCGCAGGAGGAGUCAUUCCCGGGGCUGGCGGAGCUGCUGCCGAGGGUCGCCAUGGACGACGGGACGGUGAUCAUCACGUCGGUGAACGAGGCGUUCGCGCGGCCGGGCUCCCUGCUCGACCUCUUCCGCGGGAGCUUCCGCGACGGCGAGGGGAUCGCGCACCUCCUCAACCACACCCUCAUCGUCGCCGCAGACCCCGGCGCCUUGGCCCUCUGCGAGGCCGUGCACCCGCACUGCUACCUCCUCCAGGUCAUGGCCGCCGGCGUCAGCUCCGCCAACGGCUUCCUGACCAGAAGCUACCUCGAGCUCGUCUGGUCCAAGCUCACCUUCCAGCACCGCGUCCUCCAGCUCGGCUACAACUAUCUCUACACCGAUCUGGAUGUGAUGUGGCUGCGCAACCCGUUCCGGCACAUCAGCCUCUACGCGGACAUGGCCAUCUCAACCGACCGGUUCAACGGCGACGCUGAGGACCUGACGAACGCGCCGAACACCGGCUUCUACUACGUCAGGUCCACGAACCGCACGGUGGAGAUGCUGAGACGGUGGCGGGCGGCGAGGUCGCGGUUCCGGCCGAAGGCCCACGACCAGGAGGUCUUCGAGGCGAUCAAGGGCGAGUUCGUCGGCGGCGAGCUGCAGAUAAAGCUAGUGUUCCUCGACACGGCGCUCUUCGACGGCUUCUGCGAGUACCACGGCGAGAUGGACAGGGUGUGCACGAUGCACGCCAACUGCUGCCUCCGUCUCGUGACCAAGUUGCACGACCUCAGGAACGUGGUCGCCGACUGGAAGAGGUACUCCAGCCUGACGCCGCCGGAGAAGAUGAGCAGCAAGCUCAGGUGGACGUACCCCGCCAAGUGUGCGGCGACGAUGAAAAUACCAGCAUAAUUAAUGGCUUUUUACUAGUUUGUGUAGUGACCUUACGAACUUUUAUGCAGUGAUUUUGGUUUCGACACUUUUAGAAGAUAUUUCUAUGGAAGGAUAGAUGUUGGUAUUUGGACUCGCAAUGGGCCUGAAUCUUAACUUCAUUUCUUCA